GUUUAUUAUCACACAGAGCUGCUGCAUCUUAGAUAAACUUCAGUCAGGACGACUGUCUGCAGCCACGUGAUCAGAAAUGCAGGUUUCUCGUCUGAUCUUAGACACUCUGGAAGAUCUGGGUGCAGAUGAGUUCAAGCGUUUUCGGUGGAACCUGAGUCUGCCGGUGCUGGACGGAUGUGCGCCCAUUCGUAAGGUCCAUCUGGAGAGUGCAGACCGGCAGGACACCGUCAGUAAGAUGAUUGACAGCUACGGUGAAGAGAUGGCUGUGAACGUGACUGUUGAAAUCCUGAAGAGGAUUGGCCACAACAACAAUGCAGUGAUGUUAAAGCAAAAAUAUGCAGGUGGAUCAACAGCUGCACAUAACCCCUCUCCUGCACCUUCCUCCUCCUCCUCCUCCUCCUCCUCCUCCUCCUCCACCUCUGCUCUGACUCCUGCUGCUGGUGCCUCAGUCUGUGCCCAAGGGAAAAGCGUAAUCGUGGCACCAAACAUUACAGGCACCAGCUCUGGUGUUUCAAUUAAUAUGAACAUAAAUACACAGUAACUGAUUCUGUUGAAUGGUUCUUCACCUCAUUAAAAUGUGAAACAUGUUGUUCAUGAUAUGUGAUUUGAAAGUGUAUUUGUAGUCUGUGUGAUGCUGAAUAGUCUGAAUCAGAGGGGUUUCUGGACAAUUGGUUGAUUUCUGCAGACAUUAAAGAAAUAUUGGAACAAAGGUUGUGUUUUAUUUUGUAUGAAUUCAGCUUUUCAAAUCCAAGAGAAAAUGCAUUUUAUAUCAUAAAUUCUUGUCAGUUCA